AUGUUUGGGGGCCCGGGAGCCCUUCGGGGCCGAGUAGAGGAACUCAAGCGGCCCUGGUGGCGGGAGACCCUGCCCCUGGUCCUAAGACACAGUGAAGCCGCCCGGCUGGCUGCAGAUGCCCUCCUGGAACAUGGGGAGGCUGCCUAUCUUCGAGUCAUCGCUGAGGAGCGGGAGUUGCCCUUCCUUUCUGCUCUGGACCUUGACUAUAUGACCCAACAUGCCCGUGGAGGCCCUGAAAUUGGAGACAUUGGUGAGGGUGGGGAUAGAGAUGGCAAGCCAGGCCUCCGGACCUCAGGCCCUGCUGACCGGCUCAGCCUCACCUCUCAGGCCACCUCUGGCACCUACUUCCCAGCAGCAACAGAUGCUGAGCCACCUGCCUUGGACCUGGGCUGGCCAGAGAUUCCCCAGGCCACAGGCUUUAGCCCCACACAAGCUGUUGUCCACUUCCAGAGGGACAAGGCCAAGAACAUCAAAGACUUACUGCGCUUCCUCUUCAGCCAAGCCCGCACGGUUGUGGCUGUGGUAAUGGAUGUGUUCACAGACAUGGAGCUGCUCUGUGAUUUGAUGGAGGCUUCAGGCCGUCGUGCUGUGCCUGUCUACCUGCUGCUGGCUCAGGACAACUUGCACCACUUCCUGGAGAUGUGCUACAAGAUGGAUCUUACUGGGGGCCACCUGCCGAAUAUGCGUGUGCGGAGCAUUUGUGGGGAUACCUACUGCAGCAAGGCAGGACGACGCUUCACAGGGCAGGCACUGGAAAAAUUUAUCAUCAUCGACUGUGAGCAGGUGGUGGCUGGGAGCUACAGCUUCACGUGGCUCUGCAGCCAAGUUCACACCAGUCUUGUGCUACAGCUUCGAGGCCGCAUUGUUGAGGAUUUUGACCGAGAGUUCCGCUGCAUGUUUGCUGAGUCUCAGGCCGUGGAAGGCUUCUCUGGUGGGGAGGAAGACAUAUUAGUUCCUCGAGCACCCCGCCUACCCCCACCUGCCCUUGUUUUUGAGUCAGGCCUCCCUAGUUCACCUUCUACCUCACCAAUUGGUCCUAGCCUUGGCAGUGUCAAAUGCUCCCCACUUACAAGCUCUUCCUACUGUGGGUUGCCUGGAGGUGGGGGCAUGGGCUUCAGUGGCUUUGUAGCCUCUGGUUCUCCUGGUCCUGGCCGGCGCCAAGCUAGUGGCCCCUUUCCCUUGCACCGCCGAUUAUCAGACUCCAACCACAGCCCAACUGCAGCCUAUCGACCCAGCCUAGGCACACUGGGGACAGCUCCCUGGGCUCAGUCAUCCCCAGUCCUCAAUCAGGAAGGACUUGGGCAGGGGCUAGGACCAGUAACAGGACCAGGGAUAGGGAACCCUCUGUUUUCCCGCCAGUUGCACCUCGUAUCCCUUCCUCGACUUCCAGAGAAUGGGUUCAUCCAUAGCCAGGAGCCCAGCUUACCCAGGGGCCUCUGUGGAAUACCUAUACUAGUCCCAGAAGCAAGUCAGAAGCCAUCACAGGAAAAGAAGCUAUCCCCUCCCAGUCACAACUAUGGACGACUAGACCUCCUCCCCAGGGGUUCUCAGACACCUGGUUCUGGGAGCCCAGGCUCUGGAGAUCAUGUCAAGAUCAUUGAGCAGCCUAUGGAACAGAGGCGGCCAACUCUGGGCCAGCUGGACCUUGUGGCUAAAUAUGGUCCAUUCCGGAUUGAGGGGUCAGGGCCAGUCAGGAUCUCUACCCCAGACUCCAUGGGCAGGGUCAAGGUAGCUUCUGAGGAUGAGAAGCGGAUGACCCUGGGCCACAGCAAGUUGGACCUUAUCACCAAAUACCACAAGCUACAGGGGAUAAGGAGGAGUCCAGACUCGGGUGUCCCUGGCAUCCCCAGUGCCCCUAGCCCACGGGAAUCUGUUGUUUCUAGUGUACCUAUUGCCCCUAACCCACAGGAACCUGGUGUCUCCAAUGUUCCUGGCCCACGAGCAUCCUGCAUCACUGCUGGUACCCGGAAUCAUACUCCUGGGGAGGAGAAACGUCUGACUCUGGGUCAUAGCAAGCUGGAUCUCAUCACUAAAUAUAACAAGUCUAAGUUUAGACUGAUUCGAAGCCGCUUUGAGACCUAAGACCCCCUUGCCUGCCCCUUAGGCCCAAGCUCUGCAGAGAACUCAUGAGGCUAGCCCCAGCUUUUCACUUGGCCUGAAGUGUCACAGGCCCAAAAACCAGAGACAAGUGUCAUCAAAGGCCAACACUAUUAAUCCUUCAACCCUACUGACCCCCUACCUGACCCUGACCACUCCCCUUUCAUCUAAAAUUUCACUCUACUGAUCCCAACUCCAUUUCUGACCUACUGACCCCUACCAGCUACACCACUAUGGACUGUACUUAUCCAGUGAUAGCCCAUCCCACUGAAUCCCACCCACUGACUUGUGACCCUGCUGACGCUUUUUGACCUCAGCAUACACAGGCCAACCAGUGUCUUCCAUCCCCUUGUGCUUAUUAACUGUUUUCCAGGUGUUGAGGUGGAGGGUGGGGAGAUGGAGAAGAUUAUCCUAAGGUAGUGAGCUCCCCGUCAUUAGUGGAACCCUAUCUGAACAAGGAUUCAUUACCUUCUGAGGUCCCUAACCCAAAAGGAGCAUAUAUGAGGACAGCUAGGAGUCCAGAAGGUAAACCACCAUAUUAGUCAUGCCUGACUCCUGGGGCUGCUUCUGGAAUGAAGGGAUUCAAGGAUGGAAGAGGAGGAUUAGAGGAGAACCCUAAAAUGGUGGGGGGGGGGCACUCCAAGCCAAGAGGAUGUCCUGAGCAGGGAUCCAGCACCGUGUCUUGUCGGGCCUGACAAGCAUAUGUGUACAUGUAAGCCCCCUCCCACACAGGAUCACAUAGGACAACCCCUUUCCCUGAGCCACAUACACGGAUGUCAGUGGGAAAUGAACGCAAAUAAACUUAAGUUCCUGGCCAA